AUGUCAUCAAACAAAGAAAAAAGAAAGAUUGAGAGUGAAACUGAUGACAAAAGCAGUGAUAAUAACAAUGUAAAAAAGAAGAAAAAGAGUGAUAGUGAUGGAAAGUUAGAUCGGAAGAAAGAAAAGAAGGAAAAGAAGGAAAAGAAAGUAAAGAAAGAAAAGAAAGAUAAGAAAGAUAAUAAUAGGAAAGAUAAGAAUGAUGAUGAUGAUAGCAAAGAUCAGAAAGAAACAGUGAGAAAUGGAAAUGAAGAGAGACAAGAAGUAAUAGCAGUCGAUAGCAUAAACAACAAUGAUAAUAAUAAUAAUAAUAAUUUAGAUAUAGUUAAUUUAAUUGAAAAGAAACCUUGGUUGAAUUUAAUAAAGGAUUUUAAAAAGAUAAUUUGGUCAAAUGAUGAAGAUGUUCCUAAUAUCGUGGUGAUAAGAUGCGUAGAGGAAUGUUGUAAAUUCAUAUCGAUUCUUUCCUCUAUUUAUUGUCAAGAGCAAGGAAUAAACCCAGAUGACGUCAAGAAGAGUGUCAUAGCAUUUGGAAAGAAGAAUAAACAGCUAUUGGAGCAGGUACCAUCAAAGUGUGUCAUUGGUUUCGAUAUUGAAGGUAGCGAUAUGCCCUAUUGCGUACAGCUAUCAACACUCUCGGUUAGUGGUGUCAUCUACAUCAAGGAGAUCGGAACACUGCCGGAGCCUCUGGUUACUCUGCUCGAAAGCACAGCCAUCUCGAAAGCGGGUGUCGGUGUAACCAGCGAUUUCGAUUCACUCAUCAAAUUCCACCCAUCUCUCAAACCAAAGGGUGCGUUAGACGUGUCGUGUGUCGCCGGAUUCAACGGAAUCACAAAAAACUAUCUUUCACUCAAUAUUUUGGCGACCGACUUGCUUGGAACAAAGAAGUACAAGAAGCUGGCGGCACCUCUCGAACAACGUAUUCAAAACGAUGAGUUUUGCAAGUAUGCCGCUAUUGACGCUUGGCUUGGUAUCAAGAUUGCUCACGUACUCUAUCAGCAUCUGAAGAACGAGCUUGCAUUCUACGAGUGGUCGCACAGUCAGCUAACAGGCAACUAUCGUAUACCGAAACAGAGCGACAGCAAAGACAAACAACCCGGUACAACAGGCAACAUCUACGAUAAGAACAACACACCGACGAGAAUUCCCAAGUUUGAAAAUACAAAAGACUACAAGAAAGACUAUGAUUCAUCGAAACCGAAAGGACAGAGAUUCACCAACAAUAUCUUCUAUGCCGAACCCACUCCCAAGACUCAAGAGGAUCAACGUAAAAAAGAAUCAGCAGAGAAUCAUUUCUAUUUACAGAAACUACAGCAUAUAAAAGAAGGUCAGAAACGACCUUUUAUUUAA